AUGACGGACCCGUCGAGACGGCAAGAAGAAGACGUUUUCAAAAUUCAAAAAUUCGAAUCUGUCGUGGAGGACAAGAAGAUUGACUUGGUGAUCCGUGAGCUGUCCAGAGUUGAUAUAGAGAUGGCUGGACUGCAGGAAACGAAGUGGUUCGGCGGGGAUUCCUUUAGUGUUGGUGAUGCCACCGUGCUCGCGUCUGGUCGCCCUGUGCCUGCCGAAAAUUUUCGUCGCUCCGAGGGAGUUGCACUGGUCCUACGACGUAGGGCUAAACAAGCGUUCGAGUGUGGAGGUUGCCAGUGGAAAGCUUUCUCAUCAUGCAUUGUCACAGCCCGGCUUAAUUUCGGCAAUGACAACUCUCCUUCUUGGAUGACGGUAAUGUCCUGUUACGCUCCAACAUUCAGGUCGGCUCAAAUCGACAAGGACGAGUUCUUGGCUCAGCUUGAAGCUGCACUGGACGCUAUCAAUCUUCUGGAUGAUGUCAUUGUCCUGGGUGACUUUAAUGCACGUGUAGUUUCUGGUCCACAGCAAAUGGAGAUGUGGCAGGGAGUACAUGGAUCGCAUGGUGUGGUAGAAGUGAAUGAAGCUGGCCAUAGCCUUCUUGCUUUCUUGGCCUGUCAACAGCUGACUGUCUGUAACACACAGUUUCCCAAGAAGCGCAUCCACAUGUACACCUGGCAACACCCUGGUUCACAGAGAUGGCACUGCAUAGACUACGUAAUUGUUCGGCAGCGAUAUCGUAAACGUUGCAUGGAUUGUCAAGUGAUGCGUACGGCAGCGUGUAGCACUGACCACCGCUUGAUCCGCAUGAAGUAUCGAUUGCCUGAUAUUGCACAGCAGCGCUAUCACCGUGACUCGCAUCCAGGCCUCGGAGAUUUGCUGUUCAUCGGUUUAACCGGUUGCCAUUUAUGA